AUUAUUCAUAGCCAAAACGGUGCUGGCGUUUCAAAAGAAUUAUUUUUUCUCGAUUUAUCUGUUCCUUUUGACACUUCUUCUCCACAAUGGACGGAUCUUUCUACAACUUCACCUGCCCCAGUUAGUAAUUCAUGGUGUAGUGCUUCAUUGGGUGGAUCCAAUAAUAAUAUAAUAUUUUUAAUUGGUGGUUUAACGUUUGAUUCAAAUGAUAAAAUUAGUAAUUCGCUAGUUUAUACUUUUGAUACAAUUGACCAAAUUUGGUCUUCUCCAAAGAUUUCUGGCCAUUCUCCACAAAGGCGUAAAGAAAUAACUUCCAUUGUAAAUCCUGAUGAUGAAAAAAUAUAUAUAUUUGGUGGAUUAUCUGAUGCAACUACUGCAGGCCAUACAUUGACAAUACAUAAUGAAAUACUCAUUUUGAUCGGUGGGAAAGAAAUUCAUAGUGAUGGUACUGCCAAGCUUGCAGAUAUGAAUAAAAUUUGGACAUACGAUAUGAAUUCUGGAAUAUGGUCACUUAAU